AUGGAUUCGCAGAAAGCCAUCCCAUCGUCAGCCAAAAAGUUCAUUGAGACAGGCAUCGAGAUAGUCAGUUGCGCAAUAUGUCACGACACGUUUACCGCCGAGCACGUCGCCAUCCAGAUCAUAGCGUGUGGGCAUCAGUUCGGUAAGAACUGUCUCGAAGAAUGGCUGCGACAGAGGAAUUUGACAGGCACAUGUCCACUGUGUCGUGGCGUGCUGUUCAAUGCGUCCAACAUUCCCGACCGACGAGGUCGAGCGCGACAAGUGAGUCCGAGUACCGGUACCUCGCCCCCGAUCUUUGCUCCCGACGCCCCGGUUUCUCCUACCCGAUUUAUCCAGUAUUACAGCCAAACUUUUAACGUACGCGACUCGACGCAGGGGGGAUUUCUCAGUAGACUCUGGUCAGGCAUCAUGAAUCCGCCUCCUGGCGACCAGGUAGCCACCGCUGUCCGCAUCAUCAUGUUGGCAUUUGAGGAGUUUCCUGGCCCGGAAUACAACGCUUUAAUGAGGUAUAUCAGUCGCAUCUCUUCCAUCGGUCCUCAAGCGACCUGGACAACCUGCCCUAUUACAAGCCUCUUCAACACGCUCUCGUGCGUUGCGCGCUGUUGUCAGAAGGGGUUUACGCUUUCCUUGGCAACGUGGCAAGCCAUAAUGCGCUAUCAACUUGACGCCGGAAACGAUAAUCUGCAUUGGCUCAACAUACGAAACGCUGCUUGGAUGCUACAUGGACUGCACAGGGAAGGUCAAUCAACUGGAAAACACUGGCUCAAACUACAUCUCUUCCUCAUCAUUCUGGGUAUCCAUCGAUCUGAGCAGCAUCUGCCCGUUUACGGGGCUAGAGAACUACUAGAGCUAAUCUGCAUCCUGGGCUGUGAAGAUCCUUUUGGGACGCUGGCACAGGAGUAUUCGACCAGGCUUUUUCUCUUAGCUGCGAUUCAUGUUUUAGAGUUGAGCAAAGUCCUAUAUCGGCCUUGUCGGGAUGCGCGUGGCUUGAGACUGCUUGAUGAUAAUACGAGUCGGCAGUUGUUGAAGCAGGACGUUGAGGCGCUGUGGCUUGAGGGUAUGACAUUGGCAGCGAAGGAGAUGGCAGAAGGUCGGUCCUUUCUAUAA